AUGGACACAAGCAAGAAGCUAGCUGAAAUAAACUCUAAGAUCGAGAACCUCAACACAAGGGUUUACUCUCUGGAGAAUCAUGCUUCUUCUGUUGCUGCUGCUACAAAGCAAGGACAACUACCUGGUAAAGCUAUUCAGAACCCCAAGGAACAGUGCAAGGUCAUCUUCACUCAAGAAGGACUUGUUGAAGAAGAGGAUCAAGAAAGGGUCAUUGAAGAUUUUUGUUUACUGCUGAAUGAUGAAGAGAUUGUUGCUGCUGAGGCUCCUGGAGUCCAGAUUGAUCAACCAGAAGUGCAGGCACCUACUGUGGCCAUUCACACUUCACCAGUUGAGCUCGCACAACAAGCUCGAUCGGCAGCUCGAUCGAGUCCAACUCUAGCUCGAUCGAGUCCGACCUCUUCUGUCCAACCUGUUUUGCUUGAUCCUUACCAACCGGUUGCCGCUUCCUCGUCUCGCCUACUUAGUCAAGGUCACAAGGAAGUGAUUCACAAGUUCAGAAGAGAUCUCAGUGGGAUUGGAAUUGAGUUGCCUCCUAUGGAUAGCAUGAGUGAGGCAUUUGAUCAAAUGCAAAUGGUCAAGGAUGUUCUAGCCAACAGUGAUAAAGUUUCAGAGGUCCUACAAGAGUCUACUCAUCAGUUCAACCUGCUUACUUCACCCACCUUCCUACCAAAGCGCCCUACUACUUCAAUCAUGUUUGGAGAUGCAACUUCUAAGUCUCCUCUUGGAGUGUUCAAGAACUAUCACUUGAAAAUUGGAGAAUGCAUCAUCCAAACUGAUCUCACUGUGAUGGAAAUGGAAGAAGAGAAGGAUUACCUCUGUUAUUGGGAACCCCUUUCCUUACCUAGAGGUUCAGACUUUUGUGCCACAAUUGACAGUACCACUCUCAGUUCUAAGAGUCAUGGAGCUACAAAGGCCAGAGCUGAUCGACUUGUUCAAGCCCCUUGUGUGCUUGAUGAAGAGAGCCUUCAAGCUUUGUUUGAUGAGCCACUAGGAAGGGCUCUAAAAGAAGGGGAGGAUGUAGCCUCUAAGGCAAGACCAGGUGAUAAAAGAAAGGAUCCACCAGCUCAGGCCCCUUCAGUCAAGCCAUCUCAGCUCACAAUGACUUUGUUCCCCACCAAGUUUGAAAAUGGGAAGAUUGAGUACAAGAUAAGGUACAAGGGGAGAUCAAGGCCAUUCUCUAGAGCCAAGGCCUUGGUGACUUCAGAACAGUCCAGGGACCCAACCAAGCUAAAGGAGCUUCUGUCUCAAGUCCUCACUAUCACCCUUGAUGGUGGGACUAGCUCAACCAAUGCCUAA